CUUGUUCUCACUUUCCAGGAACCUUACCUUUCUUACUUACAUGCCCAAAACCAAAACCGAAACCGAAACCAAAUCCAAAACCAAAAUCUCUUCUCUUUCUCUUUCUCUUUCUCUCGAAACCCAUAAAGAGAAAAAAGUCUCUGUUACAAGAGAAAAAUUGUGUAAGAGCUAGCUACCUAGCUUAUAUUAUAUAUAUAUACAUAUAUAUAUAUAUAGACAGAAAAGGGAGAAUGGAAACAAAAGUGUUAUCUUCGGGUGUUCGGUUUGCCAAUUUGCCGGAGAGUUACAUCCGACCCGAAUCCGAACGCCCCAGGCUCUCCGAGGUCUCUGCUUGUGAAAAUGUUCCUGUGAUCGACUUGGGUUCUGAUGAUAGAGCCCAAGUGGUCAAACAAGUUGGCCUUGCUUGCAAAGACUAUGGCUUUUUCCAGGUUACGAAUCAUGGGGUGUCUAGUGAAAUAGUGGAGAAGAUGCAAGGUGUGGCACAUGAGUUUUUUGAUCUUCCAUUAGAGGAAAAGUUGAAGCUUUACUCAGAUGAUCCAUCGAAGACUAUGAGAUUAUCCACAAGCUUUAAUGUAAACAAGGAGAAAAUUCAUAAUUGGAGAGACUAUUUGAGACUCCAUUGUUAUCCUCUUCACAAGUAUGUUCCAGAAUGGCCUUCCAUUCCCUCUUCCUUCAAGGAGAUUGUGGAGAUUUACUGUACGGAAGUGAGAGAGCUUGGAUUCAGAAUACAAGAACUAAUAUCAGAGAGCUUGGGGUUAGAGAAGGAGUAUAUAAAGAGAGUGUUGGGUGAGCAAGGACAGCAUAUGGCUGUGAACUAUUACCCACCAUGCCCAGAACCCGAGCUCACUUAUGGUUUGCCUGGACACACUGACCCUAAUGCCCUCACCAUCUUACUCCAAGAUCUUCAAGUGGCUGGUCUUCAGGUCCUCAAGGAUGGUAAAUGGGUUGCUGUCAAUCCUCACCCAAAUGCUUUUGUUAUCAACAUUGGUGACCAGUUACAGGCACUGAGUAAUGGGAUUUACAAGAGUGUAUGGCACCGUGCCAUUGUCAAUACUGACAUGCCAAGGCUAUCGGUGGCAUCGUUCCUCUGCCCCUUUGACGAUGCCCUGAUCAGCCCCGCUAAAGGGCUCACCGGCAAUGAUGGUUCCCAAGCCGUUUACAGGGGCUAUACUUAUGCAGAGUAUUACAAGAAGUUCUGGAGCAGGAACUUGGAUCAAGAGCACUGUUUGGAACUUUUCAAGAACCAUUGACUAUGAAUAUUGUUAUAUGACACUUCUAAGGUUACCAAUACCACACGAUACGACAUGAGUUGAUUAGUACAAUUUAAUCGAUAUUAAAUUAUACUAAUCACCAUAUGUCGGAUCAUGUGAUGUUGGGCACCAUAUAGUGCCCUAUAGCAAUAUUGGUUAACUAUAUAGGCAGAAUGUAUCGAAAAAAAAAAAGUUCUAGCUAGAGCAGUAAUUUGGAUACUCAAGAACAUUAUUCGGUAAAAAGUGUCAUCAACUAUAUAUUUUAUAGCAUAGUUGAAUGUUGCAGUAAUACUACUACUACCACCAUUAUUAUGGCUUGGUAGUACAGUUAUAUUGUCUUGUUGGCAUAUAUAAUUAAGGUAUUUGGGGGCAAUAGUAUGCUAAUUUUGUAGUCAAAUAUGUUAGGACUGUUUUAGUUAGUUUAUUAUGAUCUUAUGUUUGUUCAUGUACUGCUGCCUAUAUUUUAUGUUACUCCAUCUUUUGCAUUA